UCCAGUUGUCACUGAAGACGUAGCGGUCUGUGAGAUCACCAACUAUCUUUCAGAGUAAAACCUUUUACUCAACUCAAACAUCCGAUUAUUUAUUCGAGUCUCAAGAAGAGGAGUAUCCGAUAUGGAAAACGUGGUCAUAUUUGACUCUCCUGGGAAAGGAAGGGGUCUGAAGGCAACCAAGGAAUUUUGGGCUGGAGAUGUAAUAUUCUCUGAGCCCAGUCUUGCAGCCGUUGUAUUUGACAGCCUUGCAGAGCGCAUUUGCCACAGCUGUUUUCGCAGGCAAGAAAAGCUCCAGAGGUGUGGUCAGUGCAAAUUUGCUCAUUACUGCGACCGAACCUGCCAGCGUGCCGGGUGGGCUGAACACAAACAAGAGUGCAGUGCCAUCAAGGCCUAUGGAAAAGUACCAAAUGAGAACAUCCGGCUGGUUGCCCGCAUUAUGUGGCGCCUGGAUAAGGAAGGGAGUUUAGUGUCUGACAUGCAGCUGACCACGCUGGACGAGCUGGAGGACCACCUAAAUGACAUGCAGGAUGAUGAUUUAAAGGAACUCAAAGUGGACAUCCACAACUUCCUGGACUACUGGCCCCGAACCAGCAAGCAGCACACCAUUGAUGACAUCUCCCACAUAUUUGGAGUGAUCAACUGUAACGGCUUCUCUGUGAGUGACCAGAGGGGUCUUCAGACAGUAGGAGUUGGACUUUUUCCUAAUUUGUGCUUAGUUAACCAUGACUGCUGGCCAAACUGCACUGUGAUUCUCAAUCAUGGCAGUCAGUCGGCUGUGAAUACCAUAUUUCAUUCUCAACGGAGGAUUGAGCUGCGACCCUUGGGUAAAAUCGCAGAAGGAGAGGAGCUGACGGUCGCUUAUGUGGACUACAUUAAUGUGUCAGAAGAGAGACAGAGGCUCCUGAAAACGCAGUACUUCUUUGACUGCACAUGUGAACACUGCACCAACAAAACCCAUGAUGACUUGAAGAUGGGGGGGCAGGAAGUAGAAGGAGUCAAGCCUUCAGAUGAACAGGUCAAGGAGGCAACAGAUUACUGCUUUGACAUGAUGAACAAAAUGGACAAGGCUCGGUUAAACGGCGACUACCACGAGGUGGUAAAAAUAUGCAGGAAGUGCAUUGAUAAGACAGAGCCUAUCUUGGCUGACACUCACAUCUACCUGCUGAGGAUGUGGAGCACAAUGAGUGAGGUGCAAGCCUACCUGCAGUAUUUCGAGGAGGCCGCAAAUUACGCUCGCAAAAUGGUGGAGGGAUACAUGAAACUAUACCACCCUAACAACGCUGCCCUCGGUAUGGCUGCCAUGCGAGCUGGAGUGACACACUGGCAAGCUGGAUUGAUCGAGGUUGGACAUGGGAUGAUCUGCAAGGCAUAUGCCAUCCUCAUGGUCACUCAUGGUCCAACUCACCCCAUCACCAAAGACCUUGAGGCAAUGCGCAUGCAGACAGAGAUGGAGCUGAGGAUGUUCAAGCAGAACGAGUACGUCUACCACAGCAUGAGAGAAGCGGCUUUGAAAAACAAACCCAUGACCAUGCUGCACGAGCCAAAGUCUGUUGAGGAGGGGAUCAAGAAUCUCUUUCAUCGGAGAAAGUAGCCCACAUGGGACUGUAAAAUAGAGCAUUUGUUUACUGCAAACAGCUUUAUGGAUGUUCUAUAUUUUCCGGUCACAUUUCCUGCAUUUCUCACAUUUUGUAGAUUUCAAUAAACUGUUUUGAAACCGA